AUUAUUAUUAUUAUUAGGUUUGCGCUCCUUUUUGAGAGGGAUUUAAAACAAGGUAAGAGGAGGUGAAUUUGUAGUUUUUUCUUCUUUAUCGAUUAGGUGUUUAUGGACGGUUGCUGGAGAAGUUUGGAGGUGAAAUGUGUCUUUUCAGCUUGUUUCGUAGCUUUUUUUUCACCCACUUCGGAUUUGUCUUGUGGAAGAAUGGAUCUUUUGUUUUUAUUUGGGUUUUGGAAAUUCAGAUUUCUGCUAAAUGGUGCUUUUGAUUCCUUGUUUUUUAUUGUUUUUUAUUUAUUUUUGCAUUUACACGUUUAUUUCUGACACGUCAUUAUCCCCUGCAAUUUUUUGAAAGAUUUAUGACCUUUUAGAUGUCAAAUUUCAGGCUUUAUUUGGAUCUUUUUUUCUGUGGAUUUUGGUGGAGUUGGUUGCUAAGUUGUCCUUAACUUGUGCGCAUUUGACUUUUUUUUCGGGAGCUUUUGCUUGUGUUUCCUGGCGGGUCACAGUGGCAGGCUGCGGGUCAGAGAUGUGGACUUUAGCUGUUUUGUGUGGGUUCUGGUGAGGAUGAGGGGUCAGCUCUGCAGCCCCAGGAGGGCGCCGACGCACAGGGCUAACAAUAAAGAAGUCUGGCUGCACUUAGAGGGGGGGCAUUUAUUAAAUCUGUCCAGGUGUUUGCUUGAGACAAAACAAAAUGACAACUUAAUUGUUCGAAUAAUUAAAAACAAAUCAAGCAGAGCGUCAAUUGAAUUUUCCAGAAUGUAUUGAUGGAUCAACAAUAGUCCUUUCCCCUGGCAUCUCCCAGCGAGUCAAAGCCAAUAUGGUCAAUUCUCCGGACGAUUCAGAAUUAUUGACCUCCUGAAGUGACAGGAGAGCCCUUUUAUUUAUCAAUCUUUGCAUCAAAAUCAACCCAAUCCUGCUGACGUUUGUAUAUUUGUAAUAUUCAUACAAAAAUGCAAUUAAAUCAAGAUAAAAAAGUUUAAUUAGAAGUUUUAUAAGCUAAAAUGUUCCACUUACACUCAGGCAUACGCGAACACUCUCGUGCACUGGUGCGCACGCGCACAGAGACGCAGGAGCUGGAGUUUGCAGAUAGAAAUCUAUAAUUAAUUGCGGAUGGUGCCGAUAUGGAAAUGGAGCGAAAUAUUCGUUCACGCGCGCUAUUGUCGAGCUGCGUCCGGAGAAAGAGCAUCGUCCGCGGGGAGAGAGGGAUGGAGGAGACGGGGGAGAGAGAGGGAGAGAGAGUAGAGGGGGGUUACAGAAUGCAGGAGGUUAAGAAAAGCAGUAGAUUGUCUAAAUCCGCUUUGCUCUUUCUCGGGUUUUUCUUUUCUUUUCGUGGAAAACAAGUAAAAAAUAAUAAAGACAAAAAAUAAAAACGCAUCUCCGCUGGAAAAAAAUGUCGCUUCUGUUUAAAUAAAAAGGCAAAACGUCCAUCUUUUCAUAAAGAAACAGUGAAAGAGUAGAAGAAAAACCUGGCUUGUGUAAAGUCCUCCGAUUAAAUCGCUAAUAAAAUCCACUCCUGCACUUUUGUUAUUUUAUUUUUGCGCCACCGCAGAAUGAGCGGCGCGUCUCGACUCUCCCAAGCCGUGUGUGAGCGGCGCCUCUCAGGGCUGGAGAGAAACCCCCCUGGAGGACAAGGAAGCAGCUGCAGCAGCGGCAGCAGCGAGAAGCCCUGGGUCCGGGUGGAAAGUGACGCUUCUGUUCAUCACCUCGACCCACCCACCCUCUUUGUCAGGGACCUCUCUAAACCCAGAAUAAACAGCCUCAGGUCGGGCUCGAGAUCUUUUGGCUUCUUAAGGAUCCAGUGGAUGUGAGCGCAGUUCAGUCAGCGAGGCUGCAGAGUAGACCUCAGCAGCAGCAGCAGCCUUAUCAUCACAUCCCAAGCCCCGGCUCACGCAGUUCAAUUCACCCCAGCUUCGAUUUUCUUCUCUUCCUUUCCACGAAGCCGAACAAGAUCUCUUGAUUUUCGAGUCUGUAAAGACUCCUUCUUGCCCCAAAAGCUUCUAAAAGGAAACCGAUUUUUUUCAGGGGGUGGGGGACAGUUUGCAUUGAAGGGAGAAUCCAGCCAAAGAUCCGGGUCACUCUGUAUGAGUGAACAACAAGAGGAGGAUUUUUGGGGUGACCCUGUAUUGACUUUCUUUUUUUCCUUUUCUUUUUUUUUUCAAUUUGGCUCCAGUGAACCCACACGGGGCCCACAGCGAUCCCAAAAGGGCAGAAAAAAGAUUUCCCAACGUGUGGGUGACUGGAGCUGUGUGGGAUUUGGGAAUGUUUACAUCCACCUUGUGCGUAAAACACUGACUUUUAGAAAACAGGGAACACACUUGUGCCAGGUUUUGUUUUAUAACUGCACCCAUGUGUUCGUAAACGUGCAUAAGACGCAAAGAGGUCCGAGUUGACACGCGUAACAGGAUUGACGUUGGGAUUUUGAUCCUCUUUUAUCCGUUUUACGCACAAUCUGAGAUUAAUGAACUGGAAAUGAAUUAUUGUAAAAAAAAUCAAAAAUCCACCUUAUUUUUAAUUAUUUUUCUAAAUGAGUGCUUAUAAAUUAUUAUGUACCGUAAAUAUAAUAGAAAACAAGCGUAAGAGACACGUUACACACAUAUUAAAAGCAUGUUUACACAUUUUAAAUAAAAAAUAAUCGCUGCCUCCAGUUUCUCUGCAGAAUAAGAAACCGGAGAUUCGUGUUUAAAUCUAGAUCUUUUUAUAAAACCAGACUUGUUGGAACAUGUGAGUAAUCCUGAGUAGAGCCUGUUUGUUCUCCAUUGUUCUACAUGUGAUUUGGCCCUCCAAGAGAAGCCGAACCAAAAAAAAGUAUAUUCCGAGCGCACAGACCUGCUCGGCCGCCAGGGCUCCGCGCGCGCGUCAUUUGCAAUGUGGAGACUGUUGAUCAACUCACUAAUUACACUUCUCCCCUCUCUCCCUCCCUCUCCGUCUCCCUUUUUGCUCCCUCCCUCUCUCUCACUCUCCUCUCUCUCCCCUCUCUCUCUCUCCUCUCUCUCUCCCCUCUCUCUCCCCUCUCUCUCCCUCUGUCUCUCUACCCAUUCCCAGAGUGCAUAUCGGGAAAUAGACACACAAAGACAUGCGCACUCAACUUAAUCAGCCAUUUUUUUAAACAGGGCUAAAACGAUAAUAAUUAGCAGAAUAAAGACAUAUCGGAUUUUCAUUUCCUUUCCUCCGUGUCCCGAACCCCCGUCCACAAGAGAAUCUGCGAGGCAGCCCGUCGACACGUCGUUUCACCGGCACCGGAACCAAAAUAAGGGAUAGCUCCUCUAAAGCGCUUGACAUUUGUGAUUUUACUCCGUUUUCGCAUUAUAAAGUUGGAGGAUUAUUGUAAUUUUCCCUGUUUUUCCACGUUUUUUGUUGUCGUCUCGUUACGCAAGCUGCUGGAUGUGACUGUUUUAUAAACCCAAGAGCAAAGAGUGGAGCGGAGGUGACGGUUUUGGAGGGGGAAGAAAGACACUCGCUCAGCUCUUCAGGUCCACGUCCCUGCUGGGCUGGAUGAGAUGAGAUCCCUAUGUAGUGGUUACUAUGGCAACUUGUGACUCUCCCCCUAUGGUGUCGUCACGGCAGCAGGAAUAUGGUGGCCAGAGGUUGGACGCUGCUGCUGAGGACAACUCGGUUGUCUCUGUGGAGACCGCUGUCCCAAACAGCAACAAUGGCAACAACAACCAGUCGUCUCCUUUUGCCACCGGAGAGCCAGAGAACGGCCAUGGAGGGCCUGUGUUGAGCCCACUUCGGGCCACUGCUACCCCCACCACUGUCAGUGCGAACAUCGAUCCUGCAUCUGAGCAGAGUCGGCGAGAAAGCUUUACUACCAGUAACAAAGGGAAAGUUACUGGGACUUUACCAGGAGGAGGAGGAGGAGCAGCUUUGGGUUCGGACUGUUCUGCCCCUGCCACAUCCCCUGUGGCACCGGCAAAGGAGAUCCCCUGCAACGAAUGUUCUAAUUCCUUCUCCAGUUUACAAAAAUAUAUGGAGCACCACUGCCCUAAUGCCCGCUUGCCUAUUGCUGGAGAUCAUGAGGAAGAUGAGGAGAUGGAAGGGAUGAUAGGGGAAGAGAGUGACGAUGAAGGAGACCAUGAGGUGGGUGCUGCAGAAUUAGGCGAUAUGAACAGUGAGAUGGAAGAGGAUAGUGAUGUGGAGAACCUGUGUGGUGAGAUCAUCUACCAGCCCGAUGGCUCUGCCUUUAUCCUGGAGGACUCCAAAGAGCAGCGUGGCAACCAGGGGGGGUUCUCGGGGGCUCUUCAAUUUAGAGGCCUGCUGUCCCCCCAGACCUUCCCGAAUGCCCAGGGCAACAGCGGUCAAAGUGGCCUGAGCCCAGGCAGGGAACGUCUCGAGCAGCCCGCUGCACCCAUGUCCUUCUACCCUCAGAUCAUCAACACCUUCCACAUCGCCUCAUCCCUUGGGAAUAAAUCCCUUGCGUCCGACCACCCCUCCUUCCCAAAUACCUCAGCUGGAGGGCUGUCGGGCGCUGGUCCUGUGUUGCACAGUUUCCGUGUCUAUGACCUCCGCCAUAAGAAUGACAGGGACUAUCUGACGGCGGAUGGUGCAGCCAAAAACUCCUGUGUGUCCAAAGAUGUCCCCAACAAUGUGGACUUGUCUAAGUUUGAGGGCUGUGUGGCUGAUGGGCGGAGGAAGCCUGUACUGAUGUGUUUCCUGUGCAAGCUGUCUUUUGGCUACAGCCGCUCGUUCGUGACACAUGCUGUCCAUGACCACCGCAUGACCCUGAAUGAGCAGGAACAGAAGCUGCUGAGCAACAAGCAUGUCUCUGCCAUCAUCCAGGGCAUCGGCAAGGACAAAGAACCUCUUAUAAGCUUUCUGGAACCAAAAAAACCCCCAAACGCUGUGCUACCCCAUUUUCCUUCACCUGCCAACUUCCUAGGGCCAGACACGGGACUCCGAGGCUUGUGGAAUUCUUUCCACUCUAGUGGGGAGAAUACAGAUUCUCUUCAGGCAAGUUUUGCCUUCCUGAAGGGCAGUGCCAGCAGCUCCUCUACUGACCAAACCCCCAGAACCCAAAACAUGCCAAAGGCUGAGACCAACCCAAACCUCGGGGGAGGGGCUGGUGCCCGCAGAUCCCCCAGCGGGAGCUCUGCUGCUGCUGCCACUGGUGGCAGCCUGGAAAGUCAGAACUCUGAUGGUGACUGCAAAGGCCACGUAAAGGACACAUGCACUUUGCAACCCAAUGGGCCGGACCUGAGCCAGUACCUGCCGAUUAAGCGGGAGCCCGGUACGAUUGGAGAGGAAAGUCCAGAACAGGAUGAGGACAAUUAUUCAAUUUGUGGAGGAGUAGAGAUGGAGGCAAAUGAGGAGGAGGAGCAGGCCUUGAACAUGGCAGUGACGGGCCUGGGGGCUGACUGCACCAGUAGCAAAGAUUUCCCUCUCUUAAACCAAAGUAUUUCCCCUCUUUCCAACAAUGUGCUUAAGUUAAAACAUGACAGUAAAGGCCCUGCCUCCUCCUCCUCCUCCUCACUGCCUGUGUCUGAGAAGAUGGAGAUGGAGAAGAGCCUCUUGUCCACUUCUCUGGCUGCUGCCAGAGAGCGGGAGAGCAGCAAUGAUUCUACAAGUGAAGGCCUGACGGGACGGGAUGGGUCCUCACUGUCCUCCAACCCACUUGACAUGUUAAUGUUGCGCAGAGACGAUGAGAGUCCUGGACCUCUACAUCACAACACAGGAAACCCCAGUACACCUGGAACUCCAGGGACACCUGGCACCCCUGGUCCAGGUGAAGGAUCCCCAGGCAGUGGGGUGGAGUGCCCCAAAUGUGACACAGUCUUGGGAUCGUCGCGGUCUCUAGGAGGGCAUAUGACAAUGAUGCAUUCCCGCAACUCCUGCAAGACACUCAAGUGUCCAAAGUGUAACUGGCACUACAAGUACCAGCAAACAUUGGAUGCUCACAUGAAGGAGAAACAUCCAGAAUCUGGUGGAUCAUGUGCGUACUGCCGCACGGGACAGCCUCACCCUCGUUUAGCUAGAGGCGAAAGCUAUACGUGUGGAUACAAGCCUUUCCGCUGUGAGGUAUGCAAUUACUCAACCACCACCAAAGGAAACCUUAGCAUCCACAUGCAGUCGGAUAAGCAUCUGAACAACGUUCAAACACUCCAGAACGGUGGCACCGAGGCACAGUUCAACCACAACCAUACCAACCCUGUUCCCAGUGCAAGCCUCGGUGGAGGCUGCAGCGCACCAUCGCCAUCCAAGCCCAAACAGAAGCCCACUUGGCGUUGCGAGGUAUGUGACUAUGAGACGAAUGUGGCACGGAACCUACGGAUCCACAUGACCAGCGAGAAGCACAUGCACAACAUGAUGCUGCUGCAGCAGAACAUGAAGCAGAUCCAGCACAGCCUCCAUCUGGGCUUGGCCCCGGCCGAGGCGGAGCUCUACCAGUACUACCUGGCUCAGAACAUGGGUCUCGCUGGAGUUAAACUGGAGAACCCAGCUGGCAACGGUGGGCCGGAUGCUCAGAUGAUGAUCAACCCUUUUCAGCUGGACCCUGCGACGGCUGCUGCUCUGGGAUCAGGCCUAGUGAACAAUGACCUAUCAGCAGAGCUGCGCCUGGCCAGCGGCCAGCUGAUGGCGGACGAUCUGUCCCUGGUUUCUUCAGGUGGAAUGGGAGGCAUGUCCUCAGCAGACCCCUCCCUCUCCUCCUUGUCGCCACCUAUCAGUGACCCCUCGCUUCGCCUGUACCAGUGUGCCGUGUGCAACUGCUACUCCACCGACAGCCUAGAGGCUCUCAAUGCCCACAUCAACGCAGAGCGCUCCCUGCCUGAGGAGGAGUGGCGCUGCGUGGUGGGUGACGUCUACCAGUGCAAGCUCUGCAACUACAACACUCAGCUGAAGGCCAACUUUCAGCUGCACUGCAAGACCGACAAGCACAUGCAGAAGCACCAGCUGGUGGCCCACAUCAAGGAGGGAGGCAAGGCCAACCAGUGGAGAUUAAAGUGUGUGGCCAUUGGCAACCCAGUGCACCUCAAAUGCAACGCCUGUGAUUACUACAGCAACAGCGUUGAUAAACUGAGACUGCACGCAACCAACCAGAGGCAUGAGUCUGCCGUCCGCCUCUACAAGCACUUGCAGAAGUUGGACAGCUCUUACAGCCAAGAUUCGUGCCUCUACCACUGCACUUUGUGUGACUACUCCACCAAAGCCCGCCUCAACCUGGUGCAGCACGCCCGCUCGGCUCGACACCAGCAGAACGAGGGGCUGAGGAAACUCCAGCUGCACCAGCAGGCCCUGGGAGGUGACGAAGAUGGACUGAGCCUCCUUAAGCUGUUUCAUGUCAAAGAGUGCCCCAUCAGCCAAGAAGAAACUGCUGAAGAUGGCGAGAGACCUCCACGAUCAUCCUCCAGAGCUGGACUCAACCUGGCUGACCGAGACUUGAGUGACAGCAAGAGAGCUGACCGAGGAGGUGUCAUGUCCAAAGAGGUAACUGGGCCAAACGCUACAGUUAAACAUUCCCUCCUGCCCGAUCGACAAAUUGAAAGUCCACCCAAAAGGCCAAAGUCUGCCGAGGGGAAAACCUCUGGCAAUGACCAGGUUCAGCAAUGUCCUUAUUGCAACUACAGCAGUAAAGAUGCCAACCGUAUGCAGCUCCAUGUGAUGUCCCAGCAUUCCAUGCAGCCAGUAAUCCGCUGUCCAUUAUGCCAGGAUGUCCUAAGCAACAAAAUUCAUUUGCAGCUGCAUCUCACACACCUUCACAGUGUGGCUCCCGACUGUGUGGAGAAGUUGAUUCUAACGGUUGUUGGACCUGAUACAGCCUCUACAAAUAGUGGAAUGCAUCCCCAGUCUGGACAGGGGAAAGCUCAGGCUUUAACCGAUUCCCCUAUGUCUCUCGCUGAUGGGUCAGGAAGUUUCCAAGGAAACCUUUUAAAGGACGAGCUGUCUAGUCAAGAGAAGAAUGAUGAUCAGCAAGACGAAGAACUCAAACCCCCAAAGGAGGCCUCAGAAGCCCCAGACUGGAAGAGAACCACUGGGCAAGGGCAUGACAGCAAAUCGCCUGAUAAUCUACAUGAUCAUCUCAGUGAGCUCCAAAAACUCCAACAGCAACAACAGCAGCUCUCUGUGUCUGAUCGUCACGUCUAUAAAUAUCGUUGCAACCACUGCAGCCUGGCCUUUAAGACGAUGCAGAAGCUUCAGAUACAUUCUCAGUACCAUGCCAUCAGAGCAGCCACCAUGUGCAGCCUUUGUCAACGCAGCUUUAGGACAUUCCUAGCCCUCCGAAAGCAUCUGGAGAAUGGACAUCCAGAGCUUACUGAGGCGGAGGUGCAGCAACUAAUCGGAAACCUGCCACUGAAUGGUGACAUCACUGAGAGUGAGGCCAGGGCCCUGGAGGAAGCGCAGGGCUUUGAACACGACUUGGACAAAGAUGAUGAAAUGGACCAAGAAGAGAGACCCAGUCCUACAGGAAGUGACAGUAGCUCUCUACUAGAUGACAUGGGUGCAGAACCCAAACGGACUUUACCAUUUAGAAAAGGACCCAACUUUACAAUGGAGAAAUUUUUGGAUCCUUCUCGACCUUAUAAGUGUACAGUUUGUAAAGAGUCCUUUACCCAGAAGAACAUCUUGCUGGUACACUAUAAUUCUGUUUCCCAUUUACAUAAACUAAAGAAGGUUCUUCAAGAGGCAUCAAGUCCUGUUCCACAGGAGACGACCAAUAGCAUUGAUAACAAACCAUUUAAAUGCAAUAUUUGUAAUGUUGCCUACAGCCAAAGCUCAACACUUGAAAUCCACAUGAGGUCAGUCCUCCACCAGACCAAAGCAAGAACAGCCAAAACUGAUGCGAGCAGCGGCAGUAUCACUGCAGGUAGUGGUCCAUCACCUACAAAAAGUCCAGGCCCAAGUGCUCAAGGAAAUGCUAUCACCUCAGACACUGCUAGAAGUGGCACACCCUCUUCGAACAAAGAAAACUAUGUAGAACCCAAAGAACCAAGCAACAGCAACACCACAAAACAAACCGCAACUACUGACCAUGUUUCAGCGCAGACAAGCAGCCACCAGUCAGCCCAGUCCGCCAGCCAGCUGCAGUUGCAACUGCAGCAUGAACUCCAGCAACAGGCUGCUUUCUUUCAGCCUCAGUUCCUCAACCCAGCUUUCUUCCCACAUUUCCCAAUGACCCCAGAAGCGCUGCUCCAAUUUCAGCAGCCGCAAUUUCUCUUCCCGUUUUAUAUACCGGGAGCAGAGUUCAAUAUUAAUCCAGAACUUGCACUACACUCAGCGGCAGCUUUUGGGAUGCCUGGGCUUACAGGAUCAUUUUUAGAGGACCUGAAACAGCAGAUGCAACAGCAGCACCAGUUACAGCAGGCUCAAGCCCAACAACAGGCUCAGCAACAACAGAAUCAAGCCUCUCAUAUACAGUCACAAAUUCAACAGAAAAACCAGCAAAUGCAGAACCACAAAUCCAAAUUAGAGCCUAACCCUGUGUCUGUUUCAGAAAUGCAGAUGUCAAUGGAGGCAGAAGACCAUUUAGAAAAACACGAAAGCAGGACAAAGAUGGAAAGUUCAGGAGAUGUUAUGAGUGAUAAUGCAAAAGACAACAAAGACACUAAAAAGUCAAAAUUCUCGGAGCCAUUGAUCCCUCCUCCGCGGAUUGUGUCAGGAGCGCGGGGUAAUGCAGCCAAAGCAUUAUUGGAGAACUUUGGAUUUGAGUUGGUCAUCCAGUACAAUGAAAACAGACAGAAAAAUCAAAAGAAGAAUAAAGAAGGAAUUGAACACGUGGAGAUGAACACUGAUAAGCUUGAGUGUGGGAUGUGUGGAAAGCUGUUCUCCAAUAUGCUAAUUCUCAAAAGCCAUCAGGAACAUGUGCACAGCCACUUUUUCCCAUAUGUAGAGCUUGAAAAGUUUGCCCAGCAGUACAGAGAGGCCUAUGAUAAACUUUAUCCAAUAAACCCUUCUUCACCUGAGACUCCUCCACCUCCACCACCACCUCCUCCUCCACCACCCCCUACCGCUCCAGCUCCUGUAUCUACUCCACAGCCCUCGACUACAUCAAUCAACAAGCCUCAAACACCAGCGCCUUCUCCAGUUUCUGUUUCCCAUCAAGCUGCACAUACACCCUCCCUUCAAACCCAGCAACCCCAGCCGCCACCCCCUCCUCCACCACCUACUGCCCCUCCUGCGCCACCCCAAGUCCAGCUCCCUGUUCCUUUAGAUCUGCCACUUUUCCCACCUUUAAUGAUGCAGUCUGUCCAGCACCCGGGCCUACCCCCUCAGUUGGCCUUGCAACUACCCACAAUGGACUCACUUUCCACAGACCUUACACAGCUCUGCCAGCAGCAGUUGGGUCUCGAUCCAAACUUCCUCCGCCAGUCUCAGUUUAAGCGUCCACGCACCCGUAUAACUGAUGAGCAACUUAAAAUUCUCCGUGCAAACUUUGAUAUCAACAAUUCUCCCAAUGAAGAGCAAAUUCAAGAGAUGUCAGAAAAGUCUGGUCUGCCCCAGAAAGUAAUAAAGCACUGGUUCCGUAACACCCUGUUCAAGGAAAGGCAGAGAAGUAAAGACUCUCCCUACAAUUUCAACAUUCCUCCCAUUACUACAUUGGAAGAUAUUAGAAUGGAGCCCCAGCUCAGUGCCCACGAGUACUAUAGAACGGACUCAGCCAUCAACAAGAGGUCCUCUAGAACAAGAUUCACUGAUUACCAAUUGAGGGUCCUUCAAGAUUUCUUUGACACUAAUGCCUAUCCAAAGGAUGAUGAGAUUGAGCAGCUCUCAACUGUACUCAACUUGCCAACACGAGUUAUUGUGGUGUGGUUCCAAAAUGCUCGCCAGAAAGCGCGUAAGAGCUAUGAGAACCAGGCAGAUUCUAAGGACAGUGAGAAAAAGGAGCUGACCAAUGAACGAUAUAUCAGAACCAGCAGCAUGCAGUACCAAUGUAAAAAGUGCAACAUCGUGUUCCCAAGAAUCUUUGACCUUAUCACUCACCAGAAAAAACUGUGCUAUAAAGAUGAAGAUGAGGAGAUAGAGGAGAACACUUGUGAGGAAUACGCAGAUAUAAUGGACCAAGUUCCAAUCAAGGGUUUCCAUGUACCUUUAGAGUUAACAAAACAAUCACAUGCAGGGACUGCCACCAGUUCGGGUUCAAGCUCCCCUGUGAUGGCCUCUCCCCGUACUACUGUGGGCAAAGCUUCCCCUAAGCCUGAUAUUGCUACUGAAACCGACCUAAAACAAGCUGAAACUGCCCCCUCGCCAGUAAUGAAGUCACUACCAGAACCUAGACCUUCUAAGGCUUGUACACCUCAACCACCUCCUCAGAAAGUUCCUCAACCACAAUUGUCCAGACCACAUUCCCAGCCUCAGGCAGCUACAGUGCCCUCAAGUCCACUUUCCCUGGCACUUUCCUCACUCACAAACAGUCUGCCCCACCAAAUGCUUCAGUACCAGUGUGAUCAAUGUAAGAUUGCAUUCCCAACUGUUGAGCUGUGGCAGGAGCACCAGCACAUGCAUUUCUUGGCUGCCCAAAACCAAUUCCUUCAUUCCCAGUUCCUUGAAAGACCCAUUGACAUGCCAUAUAUGAUAUUUGACCCCAACAACCCCCUCAUGGCAAGCCAGUUGCUAUCUGGUGGGCUCUCUCAAAUGCCCUCUCAGAGUAGCUCUAGUAUGCCAUCAGCUACAAGCUCUGGAGCAAUGAAGAGAAAACUGGAUGAGAAGGAGGAAACUUCUAAUGAUAAAGACGGUGGAAACAGCAGUGAAGAACAACACAGAGAUAAACGUUUAAGAACCACCAUCACACCAGAGCAAUUAGAGAUCCUUUAUGACAAAUAUCUUCUGGACUCUAACCCAACAAGGAAGAUGCUGGACCACAUUGCUCGAGAGGUUGGUUUGAAAAAGAGAGUUGUGCAAGUUUGGUUCCAAAACACUCGAGCCAGAGAGAGAAAGGGGCAAUUUAGGGCUAUCGGCCCCUCCCAGUCUCACAAGAAAUGCCCUUUUUGUAGAGCACUGUUCAAGGCUAAGUCUGCUCUAGAUAGCCACAUACGAUCAAGACACUGGCACGAGGCUAAACAAGCAGGCUUUAGCUUACCACCAAGCCCAAUGAUGAAUCAAGACAAUGAAAGAGGUGAAAGCCCAAAUAAGUUUAAUUUUUUUGACUACCCACAGCUACCUACUAAGACUGAGCCCAAUGAGUAUGACAUGCCUGCUGCAUCCUCAACCCCCGUCAAACCAUCUGAGGCACAAGUAAAAAACUUCUUAAGCCCUUCAUCCUUAAAAGCUGAAAACUGCGAUGAAUCUGAAGGGCCUACAAAUAAUUCAGCAGAUGUUUCAUCUUAUGAUCUCAGUAAGAUGGACUUUGAUGAAACAUCAUCAAUCAACACAGCCAUUAGCGAUGCUACAACUGGAGAUGAGUGUAAUAACAAUGAAGUUGAGAGCCUAACUGCCAAUGGAGGAGACAAGCUUGGUGACAACAAAAAAGGCUUGAUGCUAAAUUCUGAUGCUGGCAAUGAGAGGUUCCAGUUCAGCAUGGUGAGUCCUUCCCUAAGUUUCUCUGGAAAGGACUGUGACUCCUACUACAGUUCACGAGAUGACGACAUGGAUGAACUCAAUGACAGGAGUGAAUCAUCAAGCCUUGCUGAUCCCAGUUCUCCUAGUCCCUUUGGGACAGGAAACCCGUUUAACAAAUCUGGGAAAGUCAACAGUGCAGGGGAAAGACCAGGCCACAAACGUUUCAGGACCCAAAUGAGCAACCUACAACUUAAAGUCCUCAAAGCUUGUUUUAGUGACUAUCGCACUCCUACAAUGCAAGAGUGUGAGAUGCUGGGCAAUGAGAUUGGACUUCCAAAACGUGUCGUCCAGGUGUGGUUCCAGAAUGCCCGUGCUAAAGAAAAGAAAUUCAAGAUCAACAUCGGAAAGCCAUUCAUGAUAAGUCAAGGUUCACCGGAAGGACCCAGGAGUGAGUGUACACUCUGUGGUGUAAAGUACACUGCCCGGAUGUCUGUAAGAGACCACAUCUUCUCUAAGCAGCACAUCACCAAAGUGCAAGAAACUCUGGGAAACCAGGUGGACAGAGAAAAGGACUACCUAGCACCAACCACUGUUCGUCAGCUGAUGGCCCAGCAAGAGCUAGACCGAAUGAAAAAAGCCGGUGAGGGUCUCAGUCUGCCUAGCCAGCAGCAACAGACUUCAGUGGAUAACAACAGUGCACUUCAUGGCCUCAGCCUACCCUCAGGCUAUCCAGGAUUAUCUGGCCUUCCACCAGUGUUACUUCCUGGAGUAAACGGGCCAUCAUCGCUUCCUGUUUUUCCACCCAACACACCUGCUUUAGCGUCUCCCGGUGCGGGCAUGCUUGGGUUCCCUACACCAGCCACCCCCUCUCCUGCCAUGUCUCUCAGCACUACCCCAACCAAGACUCUUCUGCAGACUCCUCCUCCUCCUCCUCCACCUCCUCCUCCUCCUGUUCCCUCCACACCUUUGGCAACAGUAAACCACACAGAGCAGCAUGGCAAAAACUCAGAGAGAGACAGCAUCAAGAAACCAGGGGACAAGCAACCUCAAACGAAGGUGAAGGACAGAGAGAAUGAGAGUGGCUCACGCCCUGACACCCCCAGCAUGGCCAAAGCAAGGGAGAAACAAUGUCAGCCUCCAGGGAAACCAGGAAGUGAGACUUCCUUGGAUGCUUCUCAACUUCAGGCACUGCAGAAUGCUCUCGCUGCAAGCGAUCCCAGCUCUUUACUGGGGGGACAGUUUUUGCCCUACUUUCUCCCUGGAUUUCCCAAUUGCUUUUCUCCACAGCUCACCAGAGGGGUUCAGACAGGGGGCUAUUUUCCACCACUGUGCGGAAUGGAGAGCCUGUUUCCAUAUGGCCCAGCAGCAGUCCCACAAGCUGCCAUGGCCGCUGGUCUCUCCCCAACUGCGCUCCUGCAACAGUACCAGCAGUACCACCAAUCCCUCCAGGAUUCACUGCAGAAGCAGCAACAGCAGCAACAGAAACAGCAAGAGCAGCAGCAGAGACAACUUGAACUGAAGCAGCAACAGAGACCAACCCCCUUGAAGACAUCUCAGAGCAUCCAGAGCACUACAACUAACUCCUUCAAACCAAAAGAAGCUAAAGAAGCUAAGGAUGACAACAACCAAGGCUCUUCAACAGAAAGCACAAAAGAAGAACCGAAAACAGAAACCAAAAGUACCAUGGAUUUUCCAGAUGCUUUUAUUGUACCAUCCAUCAAGCAUGAGUUUAUAUGCAGGAAGUGCCAGAUGAUUUUUGCUGACGAAGAUUCAGUGGUACGUCAUCAGAAGUCCUUCUGUUACUUCGGACAUCCUUUUACUGACCCGCAAGAAACAGUGCUUCGAAAAGCAGUGAGCAACUACACUUGUGUUGCCUGCAAUGUGGUUGUUAAUGGGAAUGAAGCACUUGGCCAACAUCUUCAGUCGAGCUUGCACAAAGAGAAAACAAUCAAACAAGCAAUGAGAAAUGCCAAAGAGCAUACUAGAUUAUUACCUCACUCUGUUUGCUCCCCUACUCCUAACACCACAUCUACCUCGCAGUCUGCAGCUUCUUCUAAUAACACCUUUCCUCAUCUCUCUCGCUUGUCCAUGAAGUCCUGGCCAAAUGUUCUGUUCCAGGCCACCACAGCCCGGAAAGCUGCUUCCUCUUCCCCGUCUGUCUCUCCCCCUCCUCCCCUUUCCUCACCCUCAACGGUUACCUCAACUUCCUGCAGCACCUCAGGGGUUCCAACCUCACUACCCACCGAGAGUUGUUCAGAUGAGUCUGACAAUGAGCUAAGCCAGAAGCUGGAUGACUUAGAUAAUGCGUUGGAAGUCAAGGCUAAGACUGCCUCUGGCCUAGACGCGAGCUUCAAUAGUAUCAGAAUGGAUAUGUUCAGUGUGUAGGUGUGACAACAGGAUCCCUUGCUUAAAGAAAAAAGUAAGACUUUUUAAACUGCAGUUCCAAAGUUUCUCUUAACCCAAAAAAAUUACAGUACCAAAUGAUUGACUCAGGAUUGUUUUUCCCAUAUUGAUAUGCUGGCAAGAUAUUGAUUGAUUUUUGUUAUGGACAGAACUGUUGCAGAUGCUUGACUGAGCUUAUAUUGUAUACAAAAACAUGGAGUAGGAAAAAAUCUCACAGGUUCCCUUGGGGGAGCUUGUUUCAAGCCAAAAACUCUCACGAUAGCAAAUUGCACCUCAGCUGGAUUGUUUUCCAAAUGCUAGCAUGUACUGUAUGGGAUGAUGAUCCAGAACCCUCGAAGAGAAUCUCUCUUAGUUUAGAUAGGUGUAAUUCAGUAGCUUUAAAUUCUCAGGUCAGAACAUAACAUUUCUCAUUUGUUAAAGCAGCACCAAGCCUGGGUACACUUGGCUUAUAACCAAAACAUGUCAAGCUUUAUCGGACGCAUUUCCUUGAUGUGAAUAGAGUACCAAGAGACAAUUUUACUGUUACAAUGGACAAUGUGCAUACACUUUUAGUUUUGCUCUACAAAGACAGUAUGGUUUUGCCACUGAGGGAAUUUAGAAUGGUGAAGUAAAUGUGUAUGAUGCCCCUGUGUUUGCCAGUUUGUAUUACAACAAGCUCUAUCUAUUUCCCAACCCCUUAUUUUUUUUUGUAGUAUAUACUAAUCUGUGCCAACUCUUACCUUCUCACUUUAACCUCUACUCACACCCUUUUCUGAAGAGGUAAUAACUGUAGUUUUGAUAGACUCGGAUUAUGUGAAUAUAACAUUUUUCAUUUGUGAAUUGCUGUACUGUUACGGUACCUGCUUGUGUCUGAACUAUAGUGCACUUAAUUUGUUUUUAUUUGUUUUUUUUUUAUUAUUUGAGUAGGCCAUUUGUUAAUUUAAUAGAAUUUUCUGAUUGUUUGUAUGUACGUAUGUAGAUAUGUAUGUGUUUUAAUUAUUAUUUGUGUCUGUUGCAGCAGCAUAUUGGUCCACAUUUGUUACAGGAUUAAUGCCUAACAAUCCAGAGACCUAUUUAAAAAUUGGUGCAUCAAAGAAAGCAGUACUGUAUACUUGAAACUGUUAAGGUACAAGUUGGUCACAAUGUUAAGAAAGAAAAGGUAUAUUAAUUUGUUAUGCGAUGGCAAAUUAGCUGCUUUAAGAGGGGGAUAACAGCAUUUGUGAUUUAAUAUUAAAUUGAUGUUAACAUUUUUAUGUACUUGCAGGAUUUAAAACAGUGUUAAACCUAAAUGCAGCCGUUUGGUGCAUAGGUUGACAUCUUCUCAAUAAUUUUCUGGGCACUUCUGAUUUUUCCACAGUUAAAUUCAACAUUGCAGUUUUCCCACUUUUAAUGGUUUCACUGAUUUCAUUGCAGAGUAUUACCUUACAACAUUUGCUGCUACUGUGUAAUGUUAAUUUGCCUGCCAUGGAUUCCCUCAACUUUCAAACAGACGAAAUACCAAACCGUUGCUUGCUUUAGCUUUUUUUUUUUUUUUUUUUUUUUUUUUUGUCUUUUUCUUUGUGGAACUAAGAAUGUGAAAGCUUUUAAAAGGGUGUUCAAUUUUUACAAAUCACUUUCUAGUUUGGUAACCAGUGUGACUCAUUCCAAAGUAACAGAAGGCUAUUUGUAUGAAAGAAAAAGGCUUGUGAACAAAGAAAGCUGAGCUGUUGUACAUAUUCGUAGUUGGCUGUGCAUGGUACAAAUUUAUUAAUAUGAAGAAAUGCAAAAAUGUAUUGCUUUUGGUAUUUCCUAUUCUGAAAUGAGCAAGUAGCAUGUAAUGCAACUGUUUGACAGGUUAAAUCAAAUCAUGCUUCGUUAUUGUUUCAAACAAUAAAAUCAAUUGACAUUUGUUUUUGUUUUUUUUAUUGUAAAGGUGUUUUUUUUAUUUUAAGCAAUACAUCUGUUUUUAAUUUACUGUGUGAGCUUUUUAAAUGUCAUUAUUUAGAUUUUUAGUAUUUUACAUUUACUUUAUUCCUGAAGACACUUUUUGAUUGUGUUUCAUGUGAGACAUCCUGGCCUCCCAAGGUGCAAUUCUGCCAUUGUACAAAUGUAAGCGACUGUCCUGAUUCCAAAGGCUUUCACAACUCUGGCUUUUUGCCUUUUCCCACUUUGUGGCUCAGCAUUAAAAGACUGAACUGUCAGCUAGCAUCGUGUGCUAAGAUGCUAGCAGCAGACAGGACACUUCCCACACGAAGGACUGGUAAAAGCUAUGAAACCAACUAAAAGGAUGGUCCAACAAUAUAACUGUACAUAUAUAUUGCAACUGCACAGCAGCCAAAAAGAAAAAAAAAAAGAACAUUUUUUUUAAGAAAACGGAUGGAUUGUGUCAUGUUUAUCGGGACAGCCUUCAAAAGGUUGAAAUUGGAAUUGCUCUUCUGGAUGUGAAAGGGAUUUUCAUGGCGCAGUCAUAUCCUACACAAUAUGUACUCUACAACAUCUGGGUUACAUAGGAAAUGCACCCUGAGGUUUUAAUAAGAAGAAGCCCCUAUGGCUAAAACUUUAAAUAAACUAAACCAAAAAUGUUAUUGAUGUUUUAUAUAUAGAGAGUAGUCGCAUUAGUUUUUGUUACUGUACUGUUUGAGGUCUCAACUGUACCGUAUCACGGUAAUAACAUGGUUUUGAAACUUUUUUUUAAUUUUGUCACAGACCUGUUGUCAUAGUUGAAAUGACGUUUAUUGUAGAUGGUAUUUGAACAACUUCUGGAAAUAGUUCAUCAAGUAUGUUUGUUGCUCAUUGUUGUGAUACAUUAAAAACUGUAUCUGCAAACCA